AAAAGUUUGAGUUCCUCUCCCGCUCUACGAGACGACGCAGUCAUGUUACCAUAGCAAUGGACAGAAGCAAAUGGGAGCAUAUACUCACCUGUUUUCAGGCUUCUGCACGUGGAUACCUGGUGAGAAACGAAAUCCGUCGUGCACGAAAAGACUUUGAGGACAUCGUGACAGAGAUUGAUGGAGGCUUGACCCAUGUAGAGUGGAGGCAGGGGGUUAUUCCCAUCCCUCGCUUCACAGACACUGAAGGCCCAUUUCUACGACUCAGCAGCUCUGCCAGCAAACCUCCAAACCCACGACUGGAUGUCAGUGCCAGCCACCACAGUCCAUCAUCAUCAUCCUCAGCACCCUUAUCAGAGAACAGAGGAGAUUAUCCUGUCCUGUUGGAGAGGACAGAAGCAGAGAGAGAUGAUUCACAAACCAAAGGUCAGGACUUUCUUUCUCAGGACUGUUUCCACAGCAGCAGUGUUAGAGGGGAUGGAGAGGGACAGAGAGAAAGCACAGUGGAGGAGAGAGAUGGAGACUCUACUACCGUCUGGAGCAGUUUGGAGCUGGACGUGAGCUAUGGUCACUCUCACAAAGGUCCUCAGCAGUACGGCUUGGCUCAGGAGGUGCCCUGUACCCCAGAGGCCUUGCGUCGCCAUAGAAACACCCUGACCAUGGAGCUGGUUUGGCUCCAGCAGGCCAUUGAAAGCAGGAAGAAGUACUUGUCACUGAAGGACAGGCUGAGUGUUUCCUGACAGCAGACGUAAUCUGAACUGGACCAGACAACUGAAGUCACUCAAGUAGCGUCUUAAUAUUUUAUACAGAAACACGGUAAAUAAAUUGAUGUCUGUGGUUUUGAUCACGUGUUGGAUGAAAUAUGUACAUUGUGUAUUUAAAAUAAAUGAAUUUUAUUU